AUGGUAAAGGCGACGACAAGCACGGAUGCAUUACCAUCCCAAAAAAUAUACGAUGAAUUAAUUAGUAAGAGAAAUUGUCCAGUUACUAGCGAUGAGAAGAAAUGCUGCCGUGACGUGAAGGGGGAUGAUUUGGAGUCUGCGUUGCGAAUAUACAAAUAUAUUGGUCAGGACCUUGCCCCUAAAAUUACAGCAGCAUGGCAUCAUGCUUCCAACAAGGGAAUGGAUCACCUGUCCUUUGGGGACCGCUGUAUGUUCUUAUAUUUCUGGACAGGUAGUCAAAUAAAGAAUAAUGUUUUUAAUGGGGGGACCACAUUACAGACUGCUAUGCGUGACGUUUAUGUCCAACUGAAUAAGUUCAAUUGUAGUAACGGGUGCAAGCUUUCUUACGAUGAUAUUAGUAGUUUGAACAUUUUCAAUUGGGCAAAACUAUUAUGGGAUUAUUAUUAUGACUACAAAUACUUGAGGAUCCAGACGGGGGGUAAUAAGGAUUCCCUGUGUGUAAAAUUAAAGGCGAAAUUGCCUGGAGCUCGAGAUGCACACUCGAAUUUAAAGGGGAAUUGCCACAGUGGUUCAUAUUGUGACAAAUUUAAAGCAGAACAGUCAAAUACUAAUUUGGAGUUUGCCGCACCACAGCAAUUAAAGUGCCAAGGCGAUGAGGAAACUAUUACUGAGGAAGUAAUAGAGACGGUCACUAGCCCACCAGAUUUAAUGAGGAAUAAAUUAGGAGAAUUGCCCUCAAGAUUGUUGUAUGAAAAAUUCGAGAAGGAGGGGCAGAGAACGUGUAAUCAUGGAUCGAUAGAGAACAUAAGAGGCCAACUGGAGACUGCAUUAAGUCAGUACAAUAUGAAGGAGUACGCUGAUAGAAUUUUAUAUGCCUGGUGUUAUGUAAAUCAAGGGACUGAGGACAGUGAUGCAUGGCGUACGGGGCGUUUCAGUUUGUUCUAUUCUUUCGUGGGAGAUUUACUGUUCAACCAUGCAGGGAGUAGUGACAAAUUUUCUCUCCCUAUGAAUCAAAUUUACGAUGCCCUAAAGAAAAUGCAUGAUGAUCAACCAUGUGGGGACAUGUGCAAGGACGUAUCCCUGAGUAAGGAGGAUGACACUUUUAGCCAUGUAAAAGCAUUAAAUGAAUACUUCUCGGAUUAUAAAACCCUCAAAAAUCACUUAGGUAUUAGUGGGAAUGGUGCUACUAUUAAGAAAAACUGUGAAAAAGCUUAUUACGACCACUUGUCUAACAUUAAAAAGGCAUGUAAUUCCAUAAGGCAAAAAUGUUCCCAGCCGGGUAAUAGUUCUGAUGGUUAUUGUAUGUGGUUCAAUGCAAAUAAGAAGCAUUACUGUGAAGAUGAGGAACUAUUAAAAUUAACAUGCAAAAAAGUGAUGUGGACCAAACCCAAUCCAAAUCCAAACCAAGCCGGUUCCUCCGGUUCUUUUUCUGAUGUCGAUUUACAGCAUAAUGGUCUCUCUGGUGGGGAAGGAAAAGGUGGUUCCGAUGGUGGUAGUAUUGUUGGUUCUGUGUCUGGUGGAAUUGCAACCAUAGCCUUACCAACAAUUGGUUUCCUUUUAUAUAAAUAUACUUCCCUAUUUGAUGGAAUAAAAAAAUCCCUCUUUGGUGGACUCAGUAAUACCGGAGGAAGGAGUAGGGGAAGAGGAAGAAGAUCUACCAUUGGACGUCAACACUUUGACGACACUUUCACAGAGAAUGAUUAUUCCACACUAGGAGAUGAUGGUUCCACCACCCUAGGUGGUGGUGGUGGAUCAUCCACCUUAGGUGGUAGCUCCACCGAUAUUUCUACCAUCUAUAAUGAAUCACCUCGUCGACCAACCGGAAGAACACGGACAAGAACAAAUAAUGGAAGACCAGGGAAUAUACGUUAUUAUGCUACGUAA